CCAAUCAUCUCUCUUUCCCCGAAGUUUCUUCACAAACCCCUUAAAUAAAGACCACCGUGGGAGACCUUGAAGUGUGUACCGUUUGAGUUUAUACCUUUGACAGGAAUAGAGAGAGGGGAGGCUUCUAAACUCAUAGUGUGUUCAUAGUGUCGACAUGGGUUGCCAAAAUGAAGACAUGAUGGUGGUGGUAGAGAAGAUCUGUGAGAUCUACCAAAGUAUCUCAAAGCUGGAGUCUCUGAAACCAUCAAAAGAUGUCGACAUGCUCUUCACACAGCUUGUGCACACAUGCAUCCCACCCAUCUCCAUCGAUGUCACAAAGCUUUCCAACCAUGUCCAAGACAUCAGGUCCAAACUCAUUAGACUCAGUGGGGAAGCUGAGGGUCUCUUGGAGUCUCACUUCUCCUCCCUCCUUGGUUCCUUCAAUAACCCACUUGACCACAUCAACCUCUUCCCUUACUACUCCAAUUACCUCAAGCUCAGCCACCUUGAAUUCACUCUCCUCAUCAAUCACUGCAUCAAUGACCCUACUCGUGUUGCUUUCAUCGGCUCGGGUCCUCUCCCCCUCACCUCCAUCGUAUUGGCCUCUAACCAUCUUAGAACCACCACCUUCCACAACUAUGAUAUCGAUGGUUCUGCCAAUUCUCUUGCCCUUAAUUUGAUCUCCUCUGAUCCUGACCUCUCCCAACGUAUGUUCUUCCAUACUAGUGAUAUAAUGGAGGUGUCCACUGCCCUGAGAGACUAUGAAGUUGUUUUCUUAGCAGCCCUUGUGGGCAUGGACAAGGAAGAGAAGACCCAAGUUAUUGAUCACCUAGCCAAGCAUAUGGCUCCUGGUGCUCUCCUCAUGAUUAGGAGUGCUUAUGGUGCCCGGGCUUUCCUCUAUCCCAUCGUGGAACCCUGUGAUCUUCGAGGCUUCGAGGUGUUAUCGGUGUAUCACCCAACCGAUGAAGUGAUAAACUCGGUGCUGAUCGCGCGAAAAUACCCGGUGCCGGUCCUUUCAUUGGAUCAAGGCCUUGGACCUAUAAUUCUUCCUGGCAAGUGUUCUGAGAUUCAAGCUUUCAAUCCUCUCAGCCAUGGCAACAUGAUUGAAGAGUUGGUCAUUGAGGAGCAACUUCUUAAUUGAUGUUUUGACUGCAUGAACUUGAUUAAGAUCCAUGAUCUUGAUUCAUAUGAAUCCUUCUUUGACUGUUAUAAUUUUAUGAAUUCCUGACUCAUUAUGUAAUUGGAUCAUGUUCUCUACUUAAUGUUCUCUUUUUUUUUCAAUAAAUAAGAAUAAUCUUUGUUACUUCA